UCACCACCACCACCACCAUCCCCCCAGGCUCGGACCCUCCAAGAAAAGAAGAGCAAGCAGAAGCCUGUGUACAUCGUGAAGCCCAGCGAGGGGUCCCAGGGGGACGGGAUCUACCUGCUCCGUGACCCCCAGCAGUACGCCCACGCCAACGGGCGGAGUCACGUGGUACAGGAGUACAUGAACAACGUGCUGUUGAUUGACAAGUGGGUGCUGGAUGAGGACGAGGGCAGCAAACGCAAGAUGACGGCUGUGUUCCGCCAGAUGGCGAGGCUGGGCUACGACACGGAGCUGGUGUGGCAGAAGAUCGAGCGACUGGUCAGCAAAACGCUCAUCGCCGUGGCCGGGGAGCUCAAGGUGGAGCUACAGGCCGCUGUACCGCCGGGAAAACCAGGGCCGGCCUGUUUCCAGGUAGACGAAGACACCGGCGCCGAAGACGUCCUAGGUACGCGGACGAGGACAUGGAUGUAGACAGCCCGGACCCCAACAACCCUCAUCAUCGUCGUCAUCGUCGGCGUGAGCGCGACAUCUCCAUCAAGUACAUGGACGUGGAGGACGAGAGAGGGGAGAAGAGCAGGUCCAUCUUCGACGAGGCCGACUACCUGCCCAAGAAGUUCGUCCGGAACGAGACUUGUCGAGUGUUCAUCGAGGGCGAGGGUGAGGUCUUUUUCACGGAGGAAGGGCCCUCAAACCCGAAAUAUUUCGGCGAUUUCAAGAAGGGCGAAGGUAACGGCAGCAGCAACAACAGCAAUAACAACAACAAUAGCAACAACAGCGACGAGAAAAAUGGCAGCAGCAAUAAGAAGUCGAACCAGCGCAACUCCGACGCGCCCAUGGAUACGAGCGACCGACUUCCGUCCGUGUUCCUCAAAGCCGGGGACAAGCCAGGCGACCUGAUGGCGGACGGGCAGCUAGAAGACUCGGAGAACAGCCCGCCCCGCCCCGUGCCAUUUGACCUCUCGCUCCUUGACUCGUCGGACGAGGAGGAGGAGGAGGAGGAGUCGUGCCUGAAGGAGAUCUUCCCAGCGGUGUACGCGGAGUCGUUGGACAAGCAGCGCAUCGUGGAGCGGCUGGCCGACAUCUUCAUCACCUGCCUCGGGGUCAAAGGUUGUCUACGGCUCGGCCCGACCAUGUUUCGACUUUUUGCCAGGAAGUGCCGGCUAAACCGGAAGGGCAUCACCAAUGCGGCCAUAGACAUCUUGUAUAUCGACAUGCAGCGCCGAUGGGAAUACAUGAAUCCUGAUAGGACUUCUGGUCUCAACUUCUUUGCUUUCGUUUCGGGAUGUGUCAAAAUUGCCACCACGACAUUUUUCGGGAAAACCCGCUCGGAGCAGCUGGUAAACUUCGAAGAACAUUGCAGCCGAUACUCUCGUCUGCCCAGCGACCUGGAGGAGGAGGCGGCUCUCAGGGCUUCCAAACAGCAGCAUCGCCAUGGGGGCUUUCAAAGGUUCUCCGGGUCUGACCCCUUGAGGUUACCGCCGGCAGAGGUCAAGGCCAGGCAAAAGUCCGCGACUGAUUGGCCCUACCUUCUGGAGGAGAGCUACGAAGACAGGUCGUUCCCCCAGCCGCACCGACAGCACAAAAACAUCUUCCAUCUUUUGCAAAGUGUUCGCAAGCACGAGUGCACAUUGCGCAUUAAAGAUCCGCUGUUCAAACACAUGUUGUACAAUUUUUUUCUUCUAUUUUGUUUCUUGGCUUUGCCUGCGCCUCUAGGUCUGUGUUUCCUGGGCUUCGUUAGCGCGUGCUACGAGAUCGCACGGCGGAAAUUCUUCGCGCCGGAAAAACACUCGAUGCUGCAGUCGCUGGUGAGCUAUUGCGAGGAGAACAUCAAGCAGCAGUCACUUCACGGCGUGUUCCCGCCGCCCAAGCCACUGGAGCGACGCGAGCGCCACCGGACGUCAUUGGCCUUGUUUCCGCGAAGCAACAUCGCCUCGCUGGGGGAGGAGUCGAUCAAGAAGCUCUUCGACUCGCCCACCCGCCGCCAGUGUUCCUUUCUAGCAGACGUGACGUCAGUGAUGCGAGACCGCCAGCAGAGGACGUACCUGCCCAGGACUUUCACGCAGGCUGGGGUCUUUGAGGACGACGAGUAGAACGAACCUCUCAGUUGGAUUAUUUAUUAACGUCACGUCUUCAGUGGGCGCUGCGACGUUGUCGUAAUCACAACCUCUCUGUUGGGUGAUUUAUUACGUCACGUCGUCAUGAGCGCUGCGACGUCGUCGCACUCACAACCUCUCUGUUAUAACUCUUCUUCAACUUCAAGCCAUGUUCCAUUGACGGAUUCGGGCGGGGAUGUGGGAGUUUUGCUGCAGCUAUCGAAAGCUUUUCGGAGGCAAGCGAAACAGAAGUCCGUUGAUAGUUUUAGGGACGGGGGACGAAGGUUUAGAUCUAUUGCUAUGUAUAUAACCAGCAUUUAAUUUCUCUGAUGACUUGUCAAGUAAUAGUUCAAUAAAGGAACAGACAGAAGUCCGUUGAUAGUUUUAUGGGCGAAGGACGAAGGUUUAUUGCUAUGUGUACAACCAGCAUUUGAUUUCUCUGAUAACUUGUCAAGUAAUAGAUCACGUUAAAUAAAGGAAACAAUCUCUACAUAUUGUGACGAUUUCUACGGGAAAUGUCGAAUCUCAAGGUAUCCAUUCAAGUCGGCGUGGGGUUUUAGUAGUUAAGUACAUGGUUUUACGGCGCUCGCAACUACGUAAGGUCAUAUGAGCGUGGGUUUUUUUUAAAGGCCGCCCUGAAAACAAA